UCUCUCCCUUUAUUCUUCCAGGGUCCUUUCUCUCUCCUCCAUCACACCGUCUCUCUCUCUCUCUAGACACACGCAUACAUCUAGCGUUCGAGUUCACUUCGUCGCCGAUCUUUCUGUCUCGCCACUGGUUUAAGAUUACACUGUCUUUGACAACAGUUUCCAAGAUGGAUAUAAUCUCUCAAUUGCAAGAACAAGUCAAUACGAUUGCUGCUAUUGCCUUCAAUACUUUUGGCACUCUCCAAAGAGAUGCACCUCCCGUUCGUCUCUCCCCUAACUAUCCCGAGCCACCAGCCAACGCUACAGCCACGGAUGAUGCAACGGCUUUGGCAGAGCAACCAAAGGAGCUUGCUGCCACUUUAGUAAAGGCUGCUAAGCAGUUUGAUGCAUUGGUUGCAGCACUUCCAUUGUCUGAAGGGGGUGAGGAAGCUCAGCUGAAAAGGAUUGCUGAACUUCAGGCGGAAAAUGACGUCAUUGGCCAAGAACUCCAAAAACAACUAGAGGCUGCAGAGAAGGAGCUGAAACAAGUCCAAGGGCUGUUUGGACAAGCUGCAGAUAACUGCUUGAACCUGAAGAAACCCAAUUGAAGUGCAUUACCCUCUUUCAAGUUUAAUCCUUUGUUUCUAACCUCAUAGGAUUUCUACUACUUUCAAUAGGAAACCCGAGGAUUUGGUCUGCUGAAAACUUCCAUUUCAGUUUCCUAUCCACAGUGUAAAAUGGUAUCAGUUCUUACCAAACAGUUGCACAGAUAUUGUCUUUCUGAUGGAAAAUUCAUGUGUAUAAUAGUGGUAGCUCUUGCAGCAAAGGAUGGCCUCUUUUACAUCGUUUAAAAGAAAGGGUGAAUAGUGAGGUUGUAAUUGUGAUCAGUACAUAAAAAAGACACUUACUUU